AUGGACCCUCAGCUCCUCUUUGGGUGGAUGAAGCGCUUCUGCCCGUGUUUUGGGGCACUUGCGGGCCUGGACUGGAAUAAAAGUGACGAGAGGCUGCUACAGGCCGUGGAGCAGAAUGACCCCGACAAGGUCGCCGCUCUGCUGGUGAAGAAGAGGCUGUGCGCCUCCAAGCUCGACUCCGAUGGGAAAUCAGCGUUCCACAUGAGUGUGUCCCGGGGUCGUGUGGACUGUCUUGAGGUCUUUCUGUCACACGGCGUGGACAUGAGCAGCACAGACGGUUCCGGGCUCAGUGCACUCCACCUGGCAGCAAAGAACGGUCACCCCAUGUGUGUGAGGAGGCUUCUGCAGGAGGGGGCACCGGUGGACUCCACUGAUAGCCUUGGCAGGACAGCUCUGCAUCAUGCAGCUGCUCACGGGUGUCUGUCCUGCACAGAGAUCCUGGGGGACUUCAGCACCUGUCUGGACACCCAGGACACAGAUGGGGUAACUCCCCUACUCCUGGCUGCCCAGACAGGCCGGGCAGCGAUCUGUGACCUCCUCCUGACCCAGGGAGCUGAUGUCAACCUGCGGGACAGCUGGGGGAGGUCAGCUCUGAUGCUGGCAUGUGAGAUGAACAGUGUGGACACAGUUCAGGCACUGAUGAGGGGCGGGGCCAAGCCCCACUCGGCCAAUGAGGGCCAGCUGUGCACGCUACCAGGUCCAGUACUAAAGUCUGUUGUUUUGUGUGAUACGGAGGAGAUGUACCAGAUGGGGAUGGGAAGAGCACCUCUGCUGCGGAGAAAGAAUGACCUGGAGCAAGAGCAGCACAGCGCCCCCUCUGCCCUGGAGGAGCUGUGUGCUCUGGAGGAGCAGUUGAAGCAGGUCGAAAUGGAGAGGAAUCGGCUCUUGCUGGCCAUUCAGGACCUGCAGGAGGCUAAGAGGAUGGGCAUGGAGGAGGAACUGAACCCCCUAGCCCCAGAAGCCCUCACGCCACGGUCAUGUGACUCCGAGCACGACUUCCUCUCCGCCCAGGAGGACUGCAUGUCGCAGGGGGAUGCUGAUUCCCUGUGCACUCCACUGAGCCAGAGGAAAACGCUCGCUGGAUGGGCUCUGCUGGGCAACAUGGAUGUUCAGUCUGAUAUGGUUCUCAAAGCACAGCAGUCUGACACGGAGAGCGUGGACAUGCAGAGCACCUGCUCGCUCCUCGUCCCCAUUGCCCUGUACGACUCCCUGAAGAAGGAGAGUGAGGGGCGACAGGAGCCCGCCUGCAAGGCCCAGGGUGCGGCUGAGACCUCCUGUGGGAAAGAGGACGAUGGGUGUGUCGACAUCCUGGAGCAGGAGCAAGGCGAAGGUACAGGGGGGGAGGGGCCACUCAAGGAGAGGCUGCAGGAGCUAGAGCAGGAGCUCACUAAGGCCUUGGAGGAGCUCGAAGAACUGAGGGGACGGGCACAAGUCGGAGUCAUGGACAAAGAGGCCCCAGUUGAGGAUGGGAACCAGGAGGUGCAGCAGAGAGGAGAGCACAUGCAGAAGCAGGAGGAGCAGGUGGAGGUGAUGACCACAGGGGAGAAGCCAGAUCAGGAGGGUGCUGGCAGGUCAGAUGCUGAUGCUGAUGGGGUGUGGAGCGAGAAAGCAGAGGAGGUGAUGACAGAGUUAGAGGGAAAUGUGGAGAACAAUCUACUGGCAGAGCAAGAGCAAGGUGGUGAAUGGGAUAGGGACCCUGCACCAAGCCUGAGGGCAGAGGAGAGUAUCCAGCAGGGGGUGCUGCAGGACAGGCUGGUGAGUGUGGAAAUGGAGCUGGAACCCUCUACUCCGGGGCUGCAGUUGGAACAGCUGGCCCAAGAGCGGGCGGAGGUGGCCGCGCGCCUCGCUGAGGCUCUCCGGGAGCUGAAGAGGAUGCGGCCUCUACCUGAGCUGAGUGGAGAGGAGGAGGAAGAAGACACUCAUCUCUGCUUCAGAUUAGACUGCUCCUCCCAAACCUCAAGAGCCUCCAGUGGAGGAGAUACAGUACAGCCUUACUACUGGAGUGUGGAGCAACGUGGGGCUCAAAUGUGUCAGUGCGAAAAACAGGGCAGCCUUGAUGUAGUUCCAGUGUCACAGCACCAGGAGGCGCUGGUCACGUUCAAUCACCAGCUCUCCAAGGCUGCCCGUGAGCUCCAGGAGGAGAAGGCCCUGCGCUGGCAGGCAGAGCAGAAGAUACUGAGGCUGCAGGCUGAUCUGCAGACCAUCCAGCAGGACAUGAUUUCCCGGCAGGAGCACGAGACCGUGAAGCUGGCUCUGCAGCGCUCCUUAGAGGAAAGCGAGACCCAAGCACAGGAAGCACUACAGGCCCUUGGAGAUGCCCAGCAGGGGGCACUGUCCAGGGAGAACCACGAGGCCCAGUGCAAUGCCCUCCGCACUCAGAUUGGCUCCUUCAGUGCUCGGCUGGCUGCUCUCUCACACAAGCACCAGGACACCUGCUUUGAGCUCCUGCGGGUCCAGAGGGAGGCUCUGUUCAACAAGAUGGCGAGGCAGGCGGUCGAGGCCCAGCUCUCCACAGCACGGCGUCACCUGGCUGACCUGAAGGUCCAGUCCUGCUGCCGGGCUGUGGGCGUGGUCAAGGGGGAGAGCAGGAUUGCUGAGCUCUCCAAGGAGGUCUUCCUGAAAGAGGCCCUGGAGACUCCACUUCCCUUGUUGGGCCUGCCUUCAUCUGAGUCCUCCAGCCAGCAGGUGGCACUGAAGAGUGGAGUUGCCAUGUUAACUCGGCAGCUUCAGGACUGGGAGCAGAAGCAUCGCGCUGUGGUGUCCGUGUACCGCGCCCACCUGCUAGCCGCCGUCCAGGGCCGCAUGGACGAGGAGGUGCAGACCCUGCUGCUGCAGAUCCUGAGGAUGACGCAGACAGACCCAAGCUACUGAGGCAGGCGAGGUUCUAGAACCUCCUACCCAUCAGAACCAGAGGGGCCACGAUAUCAGGGACUCAUACUGCAUCACACCCUUUAGUGGAGCAGAUGAACACCACCUAGCUACAGCUUAGGGGAUCAUAAGUGGUAUAACAAUGUGAAGAUUAUGAAUUAUGAUUAAAUUAGAUGAGGCCCAGCAGCUGAGACAAACAUGGAGCAGCAUACAGCUGGGCCAUACAGCAGAUAACUGUUAAUACACUAGGUAUGACUGACCAGCACAUUGGCCUGUUCCUCCAAUAAACUGACCAGACUG